AUGUUAAAACAAUUCGGAAGAUUAAUUAUUAACCAAAAUAAAUCUACAUGUUAUAAACCAUUGUUUUAUCAAAAUACAAGAGGGUUUCAUUCCACUUAUAUCGCCUAUUAUGCCGAUGUAAAAACAUUUGACAAAAUUUUGAUCGCAAAUCGCGGUGAAAUUGCUUGUCGUGUUAUUCGUACGGCUAAAAAAAUGGGAAUUAAAACUGUAGCUAUUUAUUCUGAUGCUGACGCUCGUGGUUUACAUAUACCUCUUUCUUAUAUUAUAAAUGUUAACUCAAUUGUUCUAUUUCAGGUCUCUAUGGCUGAUGAAGCUGUUAAUGUGGCUAUUCAAGAAACUGGUGCACAAGCUGUACAUCCAGGUUAUGGUUUUUUAUCAGAAAAUUCUAAUUUUGUAAAAAGUUUGGAUGAAAUUGGUAUCGCUUUUAUUGGACCAGGUGAAAGUGCUAUGGCAAAGUUGGGAGAUAAGAUACAAAGUAAAAUUAUUGCAAAAGAAUCCGGUGUUAAUAUCAUUCCUGGUUAUAAUGGAGUUGUAAAAGACGCUGAUCAUGCUUUAGAAAUCGCAAAUUCCAUUGGAUAUCCUGUUAUGCUUAAGGCUUCAGCGGGUGGUGGAGGAAAAGGUAUGCGUAUUGCAUGGAAUGAUCAAGAAGUCAUUGAGGGUUUUAAACUGGCAUCUCAAGAAUCUUUAUCAAGUUUUGGUGAUGAUCGAUUAUUAGUUGAAAAAUAUAUAGAUAAUCCUCGUCAUAUUGAAAUUCAACUUAUUGCUGAUAAUUUUGGAAAUGUAUUUUAUCUUCCGGAACGUGAAUGUUCAAUUCAAAGGAGAAAUCAAAAAGUUAUUGAAGAAGCUCCAAGUACUCAUUUAGAUCCUGCCACACGUAAAGCAAUGGGUGAACAAGCUGCUUCACUCGCAAAACAUGUUGGUUAUGUUUCAGCUGGCACAGUGGAAUUUUUAGUUGAUUCUCAACGUAAUUUUUAUUUUUUGGAAAUGAAUACACGACUUCAAGUUGAACAUCCUAUUACUGAAUAUAUUACAGGAAUGGAUUUGGUUGAGCAAAUGAUUCGUAUUGCAGCAAAUCAAAAAUUAUCAAUGAAACAGGAGGAUAUUAAAUUUCAUGGUUGGGCAAUAGAAUCUCGUGUAUAUGCCGAAGAUCCCGAAAAAUAUUUGCCAUCUAUUGGACGUCUUAAUAAAUAUCGUGAACCUGUUAGUAUUACAGAUAAAAAUGAAGUUCGCUGUGAUUCCGGAGUUUUUGAAGGAAGUGAGAUUAGUAUUUACUAUGAUCCUUUAAUUUGUAAACUUUCUACUUAUGGCGUUACGCAUAACAUUUCACUAUUACGUGAAGUUAUUGGAAGUUCAAGAUUUCAAUCCGGAAAAAUAUCUACAAAAUUUCUUGGUGAAGAAUAUCCAAAAGGUUUUAAAGGUCAUGUACUUAAUAAAGAAUCAUUAUAUGAACUCGCAUCUGUUGCUGCUUUAAUACAUGCUAAGAAAGAUUUACGUAAUUGGCAUUGGUUAGAUGAUAAAGGUGCUUUAUUAAAAAGUACAUUAAGUGAGCAGGCACCAAAAUCUUGGAAUCUUUGGAUAAAAAUAAAUAAUGAACAUAUUAAAACAGAAAAUUAUCCUAAUGCUUUAAUUAAAACUGAUUGGGCUUUAGAAUCACCUUUGAUAAAUACACAUUUUCAAAUCGCGGAUGAUUUAGAAAAAACAAUUACUAUUCAAUAUAUUGAUCCAUUACCAAUUGGUUUUCGUCUUCAACACCUUGGAACAAAAUUUGAUAUAACUGUACAUAGUCAAAGACAACAUGAAUUAAGUCAGUAUAUACAUGAAAAACCAAAACAAGAUUUAUCAAAAUUUAUAUUAAGUCCUAUGCCUGGUAGCGUGAUAAGUUUGGCAGUCAAUGUAGGAGAUAUUGUAAAUGAAGGUGCAGAACUUGCUGUUGUUGAAGCUAUGAAAAUGCAAAAUGUAAUACGCGCUUCUCGCGUUGGUAAAGUAAAAAAGGUUAAUGUUAAACCCGGUGAUGCUGUUGCUGCAGAUGAAAUAAUGAUAGAAUUUGAUGAAGUUUAG